UGCAAGCAGCCGCCAUGUUCUUCACGUCUUGUGUUUGGAUAAUCAUUUGUUUGAAGAGUGAAAAUGUCUUAUCUUUACUAAUUAACUGAUCCAGGGCCGUUUAAAAAUUGUUCGAUGUCGACAAGUAUGCAAAUGUGAGGAGGGGCAUUGGUGGACACAGAGCAAGCUUACCAUUGCACUCAAGAAGAACAAAACGGAGAUCAGAGGGUUGAUGCGAAAUUCAAUGCCCAGAUGACAAACCGCACAGCAUCAGGAACAGCGCAUUGUCACACGUGCAGUGAAUGUGGACGAGUAUUCAAGAAAAAGGCUGCAUUGCGGCAGCAUUUGCUUCUUCAUACAGGUGAAAAGCCGCACAAGUGCAGCAUCUGCAGCAUGGCAUUCACGUCACGUGCGGCUAUGAAGUCACAUGAAAGGUUGCACAUAGGAGAUAGACCUUACAAGUGUGACAUGUGCGACAAGACAUUCAUACUGCCAGCACAUUUGAAAAAACACAUGUGCCAUCACACGGGAGCAAGCCCAUACAAGUGCAACAACUGCGGUGAAGUGUGCGAUGGCAAAGAAAGUCUACAAAAUCACAUGGCGGUCCAGCACGCCUGCGAAAAACCAGCAUCGAAAGGUAGCAGCCACACGUGCACAGAAUGCAACAUGACAUUUUUAUCGGAAGAAAUUCUUGAAGAUCACAUGUUAGCCCAUCGUGGGUUGAAGCAGUUUUCAUGCCACAUGUGCGACAGAAUGUUUUCACGGGCUUCGAACUUCCGCACCCACCUCGGAACGCACGACAGAGGACCCUGGGAAUGCUCGGUGUGCGAGAAACAGUUCAAGACGAAGAGCAACCUGACAAAGCAUCUACGCACGCACGACGAGGUGAACGCCGUUCCGAAGCCGUACGUCUGCCGAUACUGCAGCAAGUCGGUCGCGUCGCGCUCGGCGUUGGAAGAGCACGAGCGAAUCCACACCGGCGAAAAGCCGUACGUCUGCAACCUGUGCUUCAAGGCGUUCGUGCAGUCCGGGGCGCUGCGGCAACACAUGCGCACGCACUUCGGUGAAAAGCCGCAUCGUUGCGAGGUCUGCAAUUGGAGGUUCACCGACAAGGGCAACAUGAGGCGCCACAUGAAGACGCACUACCAGAAGAACUCGCGGCGGCAGAAAAAUUCAGGCGAGCAGGCUGCUGCUGCCGCGCUGUCUCCGAACGAAUUCGCCGGAGAGCCGGGCGAGGAGGAGGAGGAAGCAGCGUAUGAGGGCAUGGAUGAGUCUGCAUUCGUGAAGCCGGGACCACGCAGUAAGAAGCAGGCAAACAUGCGGAGAUACCUGUGUCCCGUGUGCGACGCUACGUUCCCCGUGGCGGUCAUCCUGCAGCGCCACAUGAGGACGCAUCGCUAUGCGGUCUCGCGGAAAGAAGUGGAAACGCUGAUGCGUAUUGACAACCGGCCGGUCAAGGAGGCGGAUGGCGCCGGGGGGAGUACGGCAGAAGACCCGGAUGAUGUUAAAAAAGAGCUGAACGAGUCUGAAGCUCUCAUCUCUGGUGUACAGUUGCCUUUCAUGGCAAGCAACAUGCUAGACACCACAAACGGUCUGGCUGCGGCAGUUAACGAUGAACAGUUUAUCGAUACUGUGAACGAUCACGCGUCGUCAAAGCAGGAAGUUGAAAAUGCGAGAGACAUGGAUAUACGAAUGAAUUUGGAAAUGCAUAAUUUCAUACGAGAACAAAGUUUAGUGUCUGCUUCGAGUGCUAUCGUCAUGGAGACCAACGUUCCUCCGCAAACUACACAUCAGUUUCCAGCAGGUGAAGAACAGUCUCAGCUUCACAUGAAUAAAGAUGCUUAUCAACAUGCCGCAACUGAUCUGCCAUCUAACCCGUUUAAAUAUUCAUGUAAAGAAGCGCAUAAAUCUCCUAUUAGUGAUCUAAAUUCUCAACUGCAUUCAGGGAAUGGGGACCCUUCAAGCCUCGCAAAUCGAGACUUGUUCCCGCCUGGCAGAGAUCAAAGGCUUGUUCAUCACAGUGCGGAGCAAGGUCUGGUGGCACACAGUCCAGAGCAAGGUCUCAUACCUCGCAGCGCAGAACAAGGACUAGGGCAGCCUAGUAGUAGAGAUCAGAAGCUGCUACAAUCUAGCACAGAUCAACCUAAUAAAGACCAAGGUCUAACACAACCUAGCAAAGAUCAAAAGCGGCAACAACCUAGCACAGAUCAAGCGUUAAUGCAACCUUGGACGGAUAAGGGACGUGGUUCUCUACAGCUUCCCACAGACGAAGCAAAUGAAAGUGGCGAGUCGUCCAAUCCGGACGAUAAAAAAGAUGGCAAAGGGUUUCCUUACCAGCUGAGAGCUAGGGAGAGUGAAAAUGCGGAGGAGCUUGUUUGCAACACGUGCUCGGCUGUGUUCAAACAACGGAGUUCUCUCAACCGGCACAUGUACACUCACUCAGAGAAUAAACCAUAUGAGUGCGACACGUGCGGCAAGGCGUUCACAGCUAAGCAUCUCCUCACCACUCACGAGAAGAUUCACACCGGCGUGAAGCCGUUCCAGUGUGGAAGCUGCAAGACGACGUUCACGCGUUCGUACAGCCUCCACUACCACAUGAGGAACCACUGCUCGGGGAAACCCAAACUCAAGGUGCCGAGCCACCUCUGCAAGAGCAAGGGCAUGAGUCCAUACUUUGCGAACAUGGCGCCGGUCGACCCCACGUCGCCGCUGAGCUGCUCCGUGUGUCUGGAGACGUUCCGCAACCACAAGCGCCUGCAGGAGCACUUCGCGCAGAAGCACGCCGACGACGAGAUGCACCGCUGCGGCCGCUGCAACGCGAUGUUUCGCGACCCGCAGCUGCUGCACAAGCACGCGCUCACGCACGCCGUCGACAACUCGCAGAACCGCUGCGGCGUCUGCAGCAUGUCGUUCGACACGUUCGACCAGCUGCAGAAGCACCUGCCGUUUCACACCGUCACCGAGAUGCGGCAAACCGUGCAGCAGCGCAAGCGGCAUCCCGCCGUGCUGAAGGAGAUCGAGUUAUCCUGCAGCCUCUGCGAUGCGAACCUCUCCGGCCGCAACGAGCUGUUCGAUCACAUCGAAGCAGCGCACGGCAUCAAGAAGGGCAGCUGCAGCUGCAACAUGUGUGGGAAGACGUACAGCCGGCCCGACAGCCUCUACAAGCACCUGCGCACGCACAGCGGACAGAAGCCGUACAAGUGUGACGAGUGCGAUGCUGCGUUCAGCCUGCGAGGCAGCCUGUGCAGCCACAUGCAGACGCACACGAAGCCGUACGUUUGCCACGUGUGCGGGCACGCAUUCAGCCGACACUACUCGCUGAAGACCCACCUGCCGAUCCACGGCGACGACCAGGCGUUCCAGUGCGAGUUCUGCGGCACUACGUUCAAGCUGUACAAGACUCUCGCCGCACACCUCAAGGAGCAUGCGAAGGAGAAGGGAGGCGGCGAUGGAGCGGCGGCGGCGGCAGCGGCGGCGGCGGCGGCAGCUGCGUGCGUUGCCACGGAGACGAGGAAGCAGCGCAGCAGCGUCGCCGCGCCGACGGAGCUUCCGUGCGGCCGCUGCGAGGCGCGUUUCACAGACGCGGCGGCGCUUCAGAAGCACACACUGCAGCACGCGGGAGAGGACGCGUACGAGUGCUUCGUGUGUCGUCAGGUGCUGCCCGACGCCGCCAUGCUGCCCGCGCACAUGGCCAAGUACCACAGCAACAACGAGACGUUCCACUGCGGGCUGUGCGGGGGCGCGGUCGGGGACAGGAGGGCCCUCGACGAGCACGUCCUACUGUGUAGCAGUCGGCAGCACGCAUACCACCGCGCGGAGGCGCUAGGGAUGCACUCACCACCGGGCAUGGACGCCCUCGGUAUGAGCAUGAAUGGAAUGUGCCAGGCGGCGGGCAUGCUAGGCGGGCGCGCUGAGGACUUUCGACUGGGCAGUAACAUGCCCAGUCGCCAUUCCUCACGGUUCCCAUUUCAGUCGGGGUGUGGGUGACGAAUCUAUAGCGGAAUUAGUGUGGGAGUCGUUUUGGAUCGUUAAUGCGUAUACCAAUCCGUGACCGUGGUUAUAGGAAGUUGCUACUUUUUUUCUGUCAUUAUUUGAGUGUUCUUAAAAUGUGUGCUACUGUGUUUGGGAAGAAUGCGAGUUAGUAAGUUUAUAUAGUAGUAGCUGUGCGCAGGUAACGACAUAUAGUAGACAACAGGACAACUUAUCUCUAUGAAUGUACUUCAUAAAAAGUCAGUGCUAUUUUAUUGUGUUUUUUUUACUAUAUGAUGUUCGUCUUAGAACAAUUCGGCCUUCUAUGUGUAUACUUGUGCUAAGGUUGUGUAUACGGAGACUGUUGUGCAAAGAGAGUUAGCAAAACGACUUCUAUUUAUCAUCAGUUGUGCUUCGCACAUAUUCUUAGCAGCUCUGUUCUCUAUGGUCGAAAACGAAGAACUUUUAUUAAUUAGGUACAUGUAUAUAGUUCACGUUGUCUUCAUUCUUUGCUUACAUAUGUUACAACCGAUUUCUACCUUCCUGUAUGGGUCCACAUUUGUCUGUAUUACUGACUUUCUAUAUAUAGUAGAAGCGCGUGCCUGUGUACUUUUCAAGGGAGUUUGUUAGUAACACAAAUUUAUAUGCGUAGCAUAAGUAUUCAUAGAUUUAUCUCCAUGUUUUUAAUAGGUAAGCUUGUGUUACAAUUUAUCAGUACUGUAGUAUAUAUAUAUAUCAGUGUGUGUGCAUGCGUGCAUAUGUGUACUGUAUAUAUAUAUUUAUAUUUAUAUAUAGAUAUAAAUAUAGAUAUAUAUAGAUAUAUUGGUUCGGUUGGUAUUAUUAUGUGCACACUACAGGGCGAGUUUAUGAUAGAUAUGUUAGGUACUUAUCACGUAAUAGUAGAUGCGGCAUAAAUAGCAAUUUUACUAUUACAAAAAUGAAGUAAUUAUUAGCAAAAUUCAUUAAAUUUGUGUAACAGGUAAGUGCUAAAGCUAUUAAACAAUGUGUUGUGAUCAAAUUGUCUUGUUUCAGCAAUCGGUUUAGCUAUUUAAGUGACCAUGAUGACAAGUUCAACAUGGAAGAAACAUUAAAAUUGCCAUUAUAUCAUCGGAGCCAAUGUUUUGGGGCAGUUUGGUGUUGGAUACGAGUAGUGCACUUGCAUACAUAUAGCCAUAUAUAGCUUUAGUCUACAAAUUAAAAUAUUUAGUGAAUGUGUGUUUGAUAUAUAGUUAUAAUUAGUGGCAUAUAAACGGAUGCAAUAGAAAUGGUAUUUUUGUAAAUUGCUUUUUCGUAUAACCUCAAGUUAGUUAUCCUUUGAGAAAACCCUUCGAGUAAUUUUAUCAGUUUACAAAUCAGAUUUAUUCUCCUUGUUUUCAGUUCAUUCAUUUUACGGAAUAUAAUCGUCUCAGUGGGUUAAUGUUACGGACUCACUGUGUGUAGGGUAUUGUAUAUUUAACGAAUAUUCCUUUCUUGAACAAGUGGUUGACUGUACGUGAUUACAAUUACCUCAACCACACUGGUUUUCAAUAUCAAUUACUUUUCUUAAAGUAUUGUGAGACGAUCAAUAGAGAUUGUAACCAUAUCAUAAUUAUGCUUCUUGUUAAAAUUAAAUACUAUGUGUAAAUCUAGAAA